AUGAAAAACGGUUGUGUCGAAGAAUAUAAUGCUUUCUCCAAAAGACCUGAUGAAGCAACGAAGAACCAUCUGAAAUCCCUUCUCAUCAGGGUAAAAGUGGAUAAUGUAGGGAUCAACAAAAUUUUGGUAGAUGGUGGUGCGGUGGUAAACCUGAUGCCACACUUUAUUUUGAAGAAAAUUGGAAAAUUCGACACAGAUCUCAAACCUCAUAACAUGGUGUUUUUGAAUUACGAAGAAAAUAUUGGCCACACCCUGGGAGUGAUCCAGGUAGACCUAACAGUUGGUACUAUCACUAAGCCAACAAUGUUUAUGGUUAUUGCUUCGGGGGCUAAUUACAACAUGCUUUUGGGUCAUGAAUGGACACACGACACUAGGGCAAUACCCUUUUCACUCCAUCAAAGAAUCUUUAUAUGGAGGAAUGAUGGUAUAGUAGUGUCAUACCCCCAAAAUCACCCUACCCCAUACAACUUUCAUCUGAUCUAUGACCUUAUUACACAUACAUGCAUUGUUUCAUCACCAUAA